UUCGAUGAGCAUUGCGGAACUUUCAACUGAAACCUUGAUUCAUGUGCUUAGCGAGCUCGAAUACUUCGAAAUAUUGAAGGCCCGAAGGGUGUGCAAUCAGUGGAAGCAAGUUAUUGACAGUUCAUUGCUGUUGCAAUAUUUGACGGAGUUGGGAUGCCAUGGCAAAGUGGAGGGCUGUUCGGCCAAUUUAACUACUGCUGAGAAGCUACAGGAGCUUCUCUUGCACGAGCAUCGAUGGGGAAACUUAGAACCUCAUAGUGUGUGCGAGAUAGAACCCCCGACAAACCACAUCUAUGAAUUCGCAUGUUCAGUGAUUGGGACAGGGCCGAGACGCUCUCCUAUGAGCCUAUUCUUUGCGGAGCUUCCUUCAGCGGUUCAUGGCACUCCAGUAAGAACGUGGACACACCAGGAUCCCUCUCUAUUACUUCGCGAUUUUACAAUGGAUCCGAGUCAGGAUUUACUUGUUCUGCUAACAUACAGCAGCCGAAAUGCGAGCUCAGAAUUUGAAUGGAGUAUUCAUCUUCAUUCUUUAUCUACCAACAAGGCACAUAGCCGGGCAAAAAAUCCAAUACUUCCCAUGAAACUUAUGAUCAUGCCUGAGGAAUCGUUUCGGAUUCAAGUGUUUGGAGAGACUCUCGCGCUCCUAGAGCCAGACUUGACGUCACACACCUUGACUGUCUGGGACUGGACGAGUGGCACGCUCUUACUGAAUUGGGAAAUUCCCAAUUCGCCCAUGUGUUGUCGCGACAUUCAGUUCCUCUCAGACGACACCCCGGCCUAUGCGUCACUUGUCGUUGGCUGUGGUUCGUCUAAGCUAUUCAACCAUCAAGGAGAUCGAAUUGUUAUACUGGAGUUGUUUACCAGGACGGACGAGGAAAUCCACGAGUGUAGCCUUGCAAUUUAUGCUAGCCAGCUUCUAGCGUUUGCGCGAGCAUCUACAUCGAAGGAACGGCUCCGUUAUGCCUCUGGGCUGCCCGCGAAUGCAAGUAUUAUCUCUUGGUCGGAAUGGGCAACCUAUACGACAAGCGUCCCGACGUCUCGGGGUGGAUCGGAUCCUUGUUCGGCAUAUGGGGACCGUUACGUUAUCCUAGGCGAGACUCCAGAGGGCAUACCCACAAUCAGGGUUCUUGACUUUCGCCCCUCCAGAAUCCGAAGGUUCCAACAUUCAUUAUCAGCGGUUUCAGUGGCUUCACAUAGCUGCCCAUGGCCGUCGCCAUUCCAGUCUCAGGAUAACCCAAAUGCCGGUUGCUGGGACACCAACAAUUUCACCGAACUCGGAGCUGACGACACCGACGACGAACUUGAUGGAGAGAUAUCUCGGCCAGGCAGUUCUCCAUCCCAUUUGCCGUACAUUGAAUCGGAGCGCCAGUUAGGUGAUACGCCACAUGUCCCACUGAGAGUCAUGAUAGACGAAGAGAAUGUAGUUAUCCUUUUGGUUUGCUGGAAUGGAAGACUCAAAUACUCAAUACUCAAUUUCUGA